AUGAGUUUGCUUGAGAUAUCCUAUAAGAAACAUGACCAAAUUAGUUUAGAAAAGCUCGCUGCGUUUAUAACGGCAUGUAGACUCAGAAAACCCCGCACGCCAAUUACAAACAAAUUCAAUACAUCUGAUAUAAAAAGGAUACUUGUGAUUAUUAGUGAGUCGUGCCUUUCCUAUGCGGACAAAAAUAAGAGAAAGGGCAAUUACCAAGUAGCUCUUAAGGAAUAUCCACUGCCAGAAGACAUUCCUAUAUACUUGCACUCUAUUCGAGAAAAAACACCAAAGCAGCAUAAGAUUGAUCAAAUAGCGGGGGAAAUGAUGGAGGAAGAAGAUAUUUCAAUGUUUCUUACAGAGGACCUCAAUUCCAUAUACACAGAAGGGAUAGACCAUCGGCUAUACACCAUUCCUAUGAUUGAGAAAAGCGCGUUUUACUUAAGAUACGGCACGCCGUCGAUUCUUCCGCAGAUAGCUACUUUGAAGCCAUUAAAAGUAGAAAAAGUUGAAAAUACUUCAACAAAUAAAGAAAAGCCAUACUGCGAUGUAGCGAUGAUUAAUGGCAAAAAAAUGUUUAUGUUUAAAAACCGCACAAAGAACUGCAUUUUAGCAAUUGACUGUGAAAUGGUUAUAACUGACAUAGGAUGCGAGCUAGCUAGAAUAAGCGUAGUAAACAAGUAUAAAAAAGCAGUUUACGAUCAAAUCAUUAUACCAGAAGGGAAGGUUGCCGAUUAUAUAUCAGAUAUAACAGGAAUAUCUGAAAGUACGUACGACAAGAAGUGUACUUGUAACACGUGUGAAUACAUUGCUGCCAAAAGACUGAAUAUAAAAGAUAAUGAAGAGGACUCAGCGCAUAGUGGGUGUAUAACAUAUGAUGCAAUGCUUUAUGACUUAUCAAAAAUAAUAGGAAAGAACACAAUUCUUAUAGGCCAUUCAAUAUCCCAUGAUUUGCUGGCAAUGAAUGUAUUUCACAAAAAUAUUAUUGACACAUCGCUGCUGUUUAAUAGCAAAACACACCAUCGGUACAAGCUGAAAUCCCUUUGCUCAACCUAUUUAAACAAGGAAAUACAGGAAACAGAGCACUCUUCAAUAAUAGAUGCAGAAGCGUGUAUAGACCUAGUCAGUUAUCUAGUAAGACGCAGAAUACCAUCUCUUCACUACCAAAAAAUGAAGAAUUUAACAGUUUCAACUGAAUAUAAUAGUGCGACUUCGCAAAAAAUCACUCAUAAAGGAACCCCGCCAAUUGACUAUGUGUAUACUAACUGCUUACCAGAGGAUAUAGAUGCCAACACUGUGAUAAUAUGCCUAGAAAGAACAGAAGAAGAAUGGAUUGUUAGGGUAUCUAAUACUUAAAAUAAAUAUAUAUCACA